GCAGCACUCUCACAGCUCACACAGCAGCAGUUACAUAUUCCACCAUUAAUUACAUCUCAUCAGACGAGUCAGCGUUUUGCAAUGUCUGAUCGCAGUGCUGAUUUUCUUCACUGUUAAAUCUUCUUCUGUUAGGAAGUUCGAGUUGUGUUAAAUAGUAAACACCCACCACACAUUUCCAUUCUAAGAAUAAAUACAUUGUGCUAACUCUGGAUGUAUUUAUUUUUAAAUAUCCAUCAUGUACAGCAGAUUAAAUUAACAUUCAAAAAUCAAUGGAUAGAUUUUCUUGUCCUUGUAUGAGUGUUUCUGUUCGUGGGUGAUUGCAGUGAAGAAGUGAAAAUAUGUUCACACCCAUUAAGGUACAGCUUGAAUGAAAUGGGAACUGAAAAAAUGAUAUGUUCAAAAGAAAAGACCACAGUGGACAAGCUUCACACAGAGCUCUGUUUUAUCCCACCCACGCUUGAUGAUAAACCUCGAGACUUCCUGCUUGGGACUCCAGUAAUACCUCAGAAAACAUCUCGGAUCAACUUCAGUGGUCAGAGAGUUGGUGAAGGGCAGAGAAACUCGUAGACACAAAGAAAAACUCAAGCUGAGAGAGAACUGAACAAAGAUAAUAAUGAGGAAAGAGCUUCUCUUUGUCAUUUGGCUGUCCUCUGGAAUCAGAGGCAAACAAUCAAAGAUUCACCUAUCAGCCCAAGAAGGAGGACUGGUCAGCAUCUCCUGCCCAUAUGACCCUGGGUAUGAAGGAUAUCCUAAAUAUUUCUCUAAAGGUGAUUAUGGUAAAAGGUCUACGAUUAUUAGAACCACUGAUGGAAAGCCCAAAAACACCAUAAGAAAAGGGAAAUUUUAUCUCUGUGAUGAUACCAAAAAACGAAUCCUGAACGUGACCAUCCAUAACCUGAACCUGAAUGAUGCUGGGACAUACUGGUGUGAAAUAGAUACAUAUGGUUUUGAUCCUAAAAUACAAAUUGAACUCAGAGUCCACAAAGCUCCUGCUCCUCUAAAGCCUCCAAUGGCCACCUCCAGUCCUCCUAUUUCAAACACAGUUCAAGUCCUCAUGAGGAAUCAGCAGCAUUCAGCAAGAGCUACAGUGAGUGCAAGUUUCUUGACAGGAACCAAAGGAGGGCCUGGCAGCAUUACCUGUGUCAACCCACCAGUGAACAAGACUGUUAAAAAUGGAGACUCUGUUGCCAUCAGCUGCCUGUAUGCGACAGCUGGUGAAGGCAUGAUGAAACACUUCUGCAAAGAAAAGGAAAACUUUAACUGCACAAGUCUAGUAUCGACUUACACUGCAAAUUACACAAUACGAGAAAGGUUUACUCUGACAGAUAACGUACAGCAAAGAUACUUCAAUGUGACCAUUUCCACACUGAGCCAUACUGAUGCAGGAAGAUAUCGGUGUGCUAUGGAAGGAUAUAACAACAACAACAACUCCAUUCCAUGUUUGACUGAGAUCCACCUGUCUGUUUUCACUGAAAGUAACACCACACCCAAAACAUCAGUCCGUCUACCAUCUUCUGACCAAGGCACUGCAUUCCCAGAGGAUGACAACCCUCCAAACACAGGUAUGAUUGGAGGUGUGAGCGGAUGUCUGGCAUUGUUGGUGAUACUUUUGGCUGUACUUCUACUGGUUAAAGACAAACUACUCAAAACACAAAUGUGUUGUGCUGCAAGGGGAUCAUCAGAGCAGCGGACAAAUAUUGGACAUAACACAGAGGGAAAUCAUGGAGAUCACAACUAUGAAGAUAUAGAGAUGCAGGAGCCGCAGGCAAGCCCAGGAGAUGCACUGCUGUCCGUUUAUUCCACCGCCAGCCUUCCCAAAGAUGAGCUCCAUUAUGUCAGCGUCAGUUUCCAGAAGAACUCUGUCAGUGUUUCAACAGAGGACAACCAACCUCCUGACACAGUUAAAAAUGGCUCCUGUGACUACUCCUCUAUCAGCAGUCCUCAGGUUGCCACCCAUCCUCCAGUGACAGUACAGACUGUGUAUUCUACAGUCUCAAAGCACAGGGAAGAGACAGGCAAUGUUUCACCUGAUCAUGUUAAGUGUGAAGGAUGAUUUGAAGGAGCUGCGUUUGCUCCACUGUCCGUUGACACAAAAUAUAAAAAAGUAAUUUAGUGACAUUUAUGAGUGAUAAGAUUGAUUCCACAGUGGGGAAAUUCACUAGUGAUGGUCCCUUUCACUUAGCACAAUGUAGAGUUUACCAGUUAGCUACCUAGCAUCUAUUAUAGCUGUGCAGCAAAUAAUGUAACACACACUCUGAAUAUGCUGAUUAAAGCCUUGUAUGAGAACA